CACCCAGGAUCAAUACUUUGCAUCCUGCAAUCCAAUCACGUUGACACUCAGUAUUAACCAUCACACCAAACUUUUGCUGGAGCCUCUUGAUGACAAUUUUGAUUGAGUCAGAAGGAUGAAUUUGGCAGAGAUGCUGGUCAUAUUAACGAUUCAUUGCACAGGUGGAGGACCUGAGGUCCAUAUCCAACUACAAAUUUCUGCCUGCCUCCUGCCUCCAGGAUGAUCUGGGGAUGUGCUGGCCUCUCAGCAUUAUUGCCCAUGCCCUAGUCUGGUGGAAUUGUGUUUAAAAGUGUGACGGUUUUAUUCUUCAUAAGAAUCAGACUGCCUUGGUUCAAAUCGUGACUCCAUCACUUUGCAGGUUUGUGGCCUCUGGCAAGCUAUGGAACUUCACUGACCCAUAUAUGUGAUAGAGAUAAUGAUAGGGUUAUUACAGGAGCACACCUGAUGAUAGAUGUAAAGCACUCAGUACAAUGCCUGUUUGUAGGAAGCAUCUAAUACAUUUUAGUUGCCGCUAUAACUAAGCACUUGCCUCUUUUUCACAUGCCAUUUUAGCCAGAUCAAAUAGGUAGGAAAAAAGGCUAUCAAUCAUGAAGUUUAUACUUUCCUGUUUCUAAAAAGGUACACUUCUAAAAACUUAUAUAAUCCAUUUAUAGCUAUUAACUUAAACUUGGAAAGUUUGGAUACUUGGUCUGUCUUCAGAAGUGUUUAUCUGAGGAUGUAAGCCCUACCACUCAAAUUACUAUGUAUCACCACUGAUGUGCAUUAUGUUGAUUCUUAUACCUAUUAUAUGCAUGUGUGAAACUAAGCCCCAUAAAAACAGAAUUGAGGCAUUCCUGCUGAAAGGAAGUGAAUUGAAGGGAAGAGAAGCAGAGCCUUUGCAAAGAGAAAAUUGUCCUAUCUCUCAACCAGUGUCAGAAUGUGGAAAUGUUUACAAAAUGCUCAUUAAAAGAAAUAGGGAUUGCAAGAUAGAAACAAAUUCUGGUGCACAAGUUUACACUAGAGAGAUAAGAAAGGCUAGGCCCCUAUAGGGGAUUUUGUUAUCCAAUUACUGCAACCUGACUUUUAGGGGGAGAGGAAGAGUGGUAGGGGGAGGGAGAGAGAGAGGAAGAGUUUCCAAACUUGUCUCCAGUGACAGGAGACAUUUACGCUCCACAAGAUAAAACUGCCACUUAGAGCCCAGGAGAGCUAAACCUUCCUGGCUUGGCCUAGGGGCUCGAGCGGAGUCAUGGGCUCUCUGGUCCUCACACUGUGUGCUCUUUUCUGCCUGGCAGCUCACUUGGUUUCUGGGAGCCCCAUCAUGAGCCUAGAGCAGUCUCCUCUGGAAGAAGAUAUGCCCCUUUUUGAUGAUGUUUUCUCAGAGCAAGAUGGUGUCGACUUUAACACACUGCUCCAGAGCAUGAAGGAUGAGUUUCUCAAGACACUAAACCUCUCUGACAUCCCCACGCAGGAUUCAGCCAAGGUGGACCCACCAGAGUACAUGUUGGAACUCUACAACAAAUUUGCAACGGAUCGGACCUCCAUGCCCUCUGCCAACAUCAUUAGGAGUUUCAAGAAUGAAGAUCUGUUUUCCCAGCCAGUCAGUUUUAACGGACUCCGAAAAUACCCCCUCCUCUUCAAUGUGUCCAUUCCUCACCAUGAAGAGGUCAUCAUGGCUGAACUUAGGCUGUACACACUGGUGCAAAGGGAUCGUAUGAUAUACGAUGGAGUAGACCGGAAAAUUACCAUUUUUGAAGUGCUGGAGAGCAAAGGGGAUAAUGAGGGAGAAAGAAACAUGCUGGUCUUGGUGUCAGGGGAGAUCUAUGGAACCAACAGUGAGUGGGAGACUUUUGAUGUCACAGAUGCCAUCAGACAUUGGCAAAAGUCAGGCUCAUCCACCCACCAGCUGGAGGUUCACAUUGAGAGCAAACACGAUGAAGCUGAGGAUGCCAGCAGUGGACGACUGGAAAUAGACACCAGUGCCCAGAAUAAGCAUAACCCUUUGCUCAUAGUGUUUUCUGAUGACCAAAGCAGUGACAAGGAGAGGAAGGAGGAACUAAAUGAAAUGAUUUCCCAUGAGCAACUUCCGGAGCUAGACAACUUGGGCCUGGAUGGCUUUUCUGGUGGACCUGGGGAAGAGGCUUUGUUGCAGAUGAGAUCAAACAUCAUCUACGACUCCACUGCCCGAAUCAGAAGGAAUGCCAAAGGAAACUACUGUAAGAGGACCCCGCUCUACAUCGACUUCAAGGAGAUUGGGUGGGACUCCUGGAUCAUCGCUCCGCCUGGAUACGAAGCCUAUGAAUGUCGUGGUGUUUGUAACUAUCCCCUGGCAGAACAUCUCACACCCACAAAGCAUGCAAUUAUCCAGGCCUUGGUCCACCUCAAGAAUUCCCAGAAAGCUUCCAAAGCCUGCUGUGUGCCCACAAAGCUAGAGCCCAUCUCCAUCCUCUAUUUAGACAAAGGCGUCGUCACCUACAAGUUUAAAUACGAAGGCAUGGCCGUCUCCGAAUGUGGCUGUAGAUAGAAGAAGAGUCCUGUGGGCUUAUUUAAUAACUGUAAAUGUGUAUAUUUGGUGUUCCUAUUUAAUGAGAUUAUUUAAUAAGGGUGUACAGUAAUAGAGGCUUGCUGCCUUCAGGAAAUGGGACAGGUCGGUUUGUUGUAGGAAAUGCAUAUUUUCCUCUCCAGUUAAGUCCCUUUCAAUCUGUUUUCUCUUUGGACUUGCCAUUUCCUGGCAAUGCCACCUCCACGUUGAUUUGAAAACAACUCCUAGGCAAAAUACAGUGUCAAAAGACACAUACUUGUGUAUGUAUAUUUGUACAUACAUGAACUUACAGAAAUCUUUUGGUUCUAUGCAGGCAGAUUAUACUCAUCUACAUGCAUGAUUCACUCAAAAGUGUGCAUAUUAAAGGCCAAUGGUAUGUUCUCUGUUACCUCUUCUCUGAGUAAGAUUUAAGUCAAGAUAAUUUGCAUCAGGGUUUUAAUCAUCCUAGGAAGUAUUACAAUUCCUAAAUACUCUGGAAAUGUAAGUGUAGCUUUUGUCAGUUGAGUUUCUGUGGUUGCUCAGAGAGGCGGGGCCUGGCAAAGGAUGCUUGAAAGGAAGGGUUAAUUGAUACAGAAACCAAAUGGACUCAAGAGGUCUUAGAGGUACAACAAGAAAAACUGAACCCGUUGGGGACCAGUGUGCUCCAGAGGGCAGCUCCUGGUCAAGGCAGGAAAACAGAAGAAACCAGCAUGAAAUCUGUUCCUGAGACAAUAGGAAAGCAAGGCCAUGAGUACUGGCUGUUGCUGCUGCAGAGAGUAGAGGGGUCGAGAGAGCACUUGAAGGGGAGAAAGGGAGAAAGGGAAGAGGAUAUUCCUGCUAUCCUCAGAGGCUAUCCUCAGAUGUGUCUGUAAAAUCAUAAGCGAUUCUAUUUAAAGAAUUAAAUCUUUUGGACAAAAUAGAAGUAUCAAAGACUAACAGGAGGAAAAUCAGAAGGGAUCUGUCUGUUAGAAGAAAGGAUGUUAAUAUCUUUCUUCACCUAUUAAUGCUGUUCCCUUGUCUCCACACCCCUGCUUUCCUCUGCUCCAUCUUCUUUCUUCCCUCUUUCUUCUUUGCUCUAGUGCCUCAUGCCUUCCGCCCAUCCCUGUGUCCCUGCUCUUCCCUGGCCUUCAUGACGCAUGCUGUGAACUGGAAAGGGACACCUAAGUGCCUUUGCUCUCAGGGUGAAAGGAGUUAGUGUUCUAAUUUCUAAAUCUUGCCCUGAUAUUUAAUUUGAUUUUAUUUUAAUAAUAUCCUUUAUCAAAUGUUGAAUACUUAGGUAUAAGAAAAAAAGAAAACCAGAAUAAGUAAGUAUAAGAAAAAGAAAAUCAGAGUCCAAAUGAACGGAUUUCAAUAAACGAAUUUAUGGAUAGACACAACCAAAUGACUCAAAAGCCAAGCCUGAAUUUGGAAAUUAUGUUUGCUUCAUGGUAGAAACUCAGUAACUUUCUCAUCUUCUCAUCUUACCAUCUUCCCAUUUUGUAACUGGCCAGGACUGAAAGUGGUGGGGAAGUGUUCUGCACAGUAAGGGUCCCGUGGGUUUUCCUGGCCGGUGGCAGGCUCCAGUCUUAACCCCUACCAUUUCCCUCUACCUGGCAAGCAUAUCCUGGAUUUUGUGCAGGAGGAACCAGAGCAGAGCAGUUUCCACACUGUUCCAGCAUCUCCAGGCAGGGAACAUGGACGGUUCCUGUUAGAACCAGGAAUGUGGUUUCCAGUACAUCGUCCCCCAUUCACUGCUACUUAUCUUAAGGAAUGCUUUUUAAGAGGUCUGACACUUUUUUCUUUUUUUUACCCUGGAAAACAAUCAGCUGCCUUUUACGAAUCUCUUAAGAUUAUAAACUCAAACUGCGCUAGACAACAGAGGCAAGGAAAACCAUUUUGAAGAACUUUUGCCCAAUUUGAACCUCAGCUCGCUAGAUCUAUUGUCCGCUGGGUGAAUCCUGGGGAAUUCAUUGCUCCUGGAAGAGUGGUAUUUUGACCAUCAGUGGGUAUACGGUGAUUGAUAUUUUGAGAAAGCCACGCAACUCAGAAUCACUAUUUGUGGAACAGCCUCCAUAUAACAUGAUAUGUGUAUGUGUGUGAUGUAUAGUUGGCUUUGAACAACCACACUUAACACCCUCAGUGGAACAUGGUACAUCCUUCAUACUCCAUGGUACACAAUAUAUACUCACAUACUCCAAGGUACUUCUUAUCCUUUCUAAAGGACACAGUAAUAGAUAUACAGUAAAACCUCAGCUGACUAGGAUAGUCCUGGUUAGAUAAAAAUUAAGCAAAAUUUUCUUUAUGUCUAAUACAUAUGACAGUGGUGUGCUGGUAAAUCCCUUACAACCAGCAAUCCAGGGGGAGAAAAAGCCCUGAUUUGUGGAUUUCAAUGCUGUAAAUGCUCCUACAUGGUCUAUCUUGAGCUACCAAGGUGACGUCAACUGGCUUGCAAAACGUCUAAAACCUAAGUCAGCUCUUGGGAGCUGUGCACUGGCACUGGCACACCGCUGACAUUUAGUAUUCCGCUGACAUUAGCACACUGCUGACAUUAGCACCCUGAUACUAGAAUGUUAAGGAUGUGCCAGCCCUGCUUUCCACUGUGUGCACUGCUGGCUCUGGGCUUCUGGAGAAAUCUUGUCUCGAGCACUUAUAGUCACUCUUCUGUUAAAGAGAUAUGAAAAUAUAGGCUGUUGGCAAUUAGGCUGCAUAGCCCAGUUUCUCUUUUUGGCUGUCCGGAUGUAAACCUGCAUUUCUACGAUUUUUCUGCUUCGCUGUGGAAAGGGAGUGCAGAGAGCAACAUACUGGCUUUUCAAAUGUUGCUAGUUGUAUUUUUUUGGCUUUCUUUUUAUGAGAAAGUGAAAACACACAGCCCGUAGAGUUCUCCCAACUCCUACCGGAUGCCUGGCAGCACACUGGCGUCAUCUCCAACUCCUGCAUUGACAGGAAGUCAGAACAUUGUCAGAUCCUUCAAAAGGUAGAAUCUCAGUAAUGUUUCUCUGGUCAUAGACCUUCUGCUAGGUCCCAUGCUAGUUUUUUUUUCCCUUUUAUGGCAGAAUUAUCAUCACCGAAGUUGAUAUAGCUAAACAACUCUUGAGGAGAAUUACAGCAGAGGGACUUGGGCAGCCCACAGCCAAAAUAUUCAUGUAAGAGUUUCUAGGCUUCCCACUAUUUAUUGAUUGAUAUAUUUAUUUUUGUAAAAUAUUGUAGAAUACCAAAUAUUUUAUUUUUAUGUCUGUGAUUCCCUUUUGGAUAAAGAGUCUUCUGGGCUUCAGAAUAUGGCUCACAUAUAAUAUAUGGCCUGUAUUUCCAUCUCUCUCUUUUUGCAUCAGAAUGUUCUAUUGGUUUAAGGAAUCUUCCACAGCUUGCCAUAAUUUUGUAUUUUUGUGUCUUGUAGGCGUGCUGUGCCUCCAAGCAUGCUUUGUAGUAUAUUUUCUGAUUUGUAAAUAGUACAGUUUUAACUGAAGUGUAGAUGUUCCAGGAAAUAUUUAACAAAUACAUUGUCAUGCAGUUUCAUAAAGUGAUGUUGUCAGUUUAUCAUGAAAGGCAAAUAUUGUCAGGCUGUGAGAGAAUGUGAUUGCUAUUCAGUAAAUGGAGACGCUAUUUAAAUGAAUCUUUUCAUCCCGCAAAGCUGGUACUUCUCCUCUGGAAUUUACCUAUUGCCUUCACUGACCCAGAAAUUCAGAGAUGUGAUUGGUCAAAUUCAUUUGUAAUUGAACCAAUUACUUUGUAAAUGUUAAAGAUGUUAGCUUAGUGGUUUCCAAAAGAGUCAGCCCCAAAGUGCCCAAUUCUUUCCUGAUGUGUAAAUUUUGGUCUGGGGAAUUAAUGACAAAAACUUUUUUUUUCCAGAACUGUUACUGAAUGUUUCAGUAUUUGUUAUGAUUUACAGUCUUCAAGUAAAAGAUAUUCUCAUGUAAGAGAAUUUUAUGUAUUCUUCUUACUUGAUUCAUCAACAGAUUAUGAAGCCCAGCAGUGUUCCGGCAAAACCUUUAUAACUUGUCUAGAACACAGAAGGGGUGUUGUCCUUUUUAAGGACUGUAGAUCUUUUCAGAGUACUGUGGGUCAUUCUUAACCCUCUGCAGUUCUGCAAGCUCACAUAUGGUGCAAGAGGAAAUGCUGGUAUGACUCUGUGCAUUUUCUUGCCCCCAAACAAGAAUAGUUGAUUUCAUAUGUUAAAUGGAAGGUAGAUGUGACUAUGCAAAAGAAGUAUGCAGGGGUGUUUCUGCAUGUGGAACAUUUUUCAUAAGUUAAAAACCCAUCAUGGAAUAACUGUUUGUUGUGAUCAGCAUGUUUUUAUCACACACGAGCACUGGUUUUGUGAGCACCUGGCUUGGUAGUGAUAGGGCGGCCAAUGUGCCAGCACCUGUCUACUGAGCAUUCGUGGACAUUGGAAAUCAGUGAACGCCACAGACACACCGAAUCAGCUGGUGCACGGUCAUGUUCUCAGGUAAAACCUGUUCAUUAUCCAUGUCCAGAUUUGUAUAGUUAUCACUAGACUAAAAUGAAGAUGGAAAUAAAUAUUUUACCCUGUGUUCAUGAACCAAAUGUGUACAUUCAGAGUCUUUUUAAGUAAAAUAAAAAAAAAUUAUUUUGGUGAUAAUUAUUUGCAGCUUAUUUUUCCUUGAGGUGAGAUAUUUAGUUUUGCACACACCCCACUUUUUCCUGUUUCUAUUUGAUAACAUGUCCAGAGGGAACAAAACUAAUUGCUAUAUUAAUAGAGAAUGGUCUGAAGAAAGCAUAUGUUGUUUUGGGCUUGUAACUGACCUCAGUAGAGAGUGGGAUUUUGUGGCUCCAUGGUUCUCCCACUUUAUAUGACUUUGUGUAAUUCCCAUUAAUGCCACAGGCAUUCAUAGAAAAUACAGUUGGUUCCCUUUUGUCAGUAGCUGGGAAAUAUUUCUUCUUCGAACACCAAAGGAGGCAGAUUAGAGGUAACAGUCCUGGCCAACAGAGAAACUUUGCUGCUUGUUCAAGAAGGAAAUUCAUUCUUAUGGCAGAAUGUGGAAUUUGAAGGGCAGAGGGACAGCCCCAGGUAGAAUAAAAUCUCUUCCAUCAGAAAAUCAUCCUGCAUCUCAUUUUUGAGGGGAAGCCUCCAGUGUCUCAGCUGGCAGUCUGAAUCUGGCAAGUGUGUUGGAGGGAAGCAAGCCCUCAGCCCUGGAUGAGCACUGAUAAGGUGAGACAGGGCUCUCCCAUGGAGGAAAGGGAGCUGACAGCCCAAGAUGGCGCUGAGCCCAGGACUGGACUAAACAGGCCUGAAAAGCCAGUCCUGUAACUUGAUUUUGAAUUCUUUAGCAACCUAUUCAUUUUCUUCUUUAAAUAAGCCCAUUUAUGAAAGUCUGUCACAAUGUGGGGUCUGGAACCCAUCUCUGCAAUUGGUUUGACCUGAGCACAGCUAUGCUGGACCAGCCGCCUUGUUCUGGGAUUUCUUUCCUACUGAUACAGCCUGGAAUUGCACUGGGCAGACACACAGCCUCAAGUUAUUUGGGGGGUAGUUUGUUUACAAAGUAAGACAAAAAAUUAUUUUCAAAGCUCGCAUUACACAUUUGCAGUAUGUUACAGGUUCUAAUAGUACUCCUGAUGUGAACUGAGCUUUGUGGUGUGGGGAAAUCAUGCCACGAGAUCGCUGUGUGUGACUCUAGUCACAUGAAUGAGAACCCACUUUCAUAUAGAAGUGACUAUUUGUAAAUAAGGGGCCUAUUUGGAGAAGGUGAGAGCUUGUUAACUUGGGUGGUUAUAAAUGGAUUAUGUGAUUAUCUCCGACUCACUCUCCUGAACUGUCAGUUUACAAGAAACAGUUCCUGCCCUCUCUUAACCUUCCUCAGACCAUUCACACAGAUCUAAAGUAGCUCAUCUCGUUCCAAGAAAGAAAGCCCAGAAAUACAUGGACACCGCAAUACAUUUUUACCCUUCAAUGUGAUUCUGAGAAUCUUAUUAAAAAUUUAGGCACUCAGUUCAAAUUAAGAUUGAUGGGAGGUGUGAAUUACACUGUCAACUCAAGAUUUGCUAGAAAGUUUUCACACACAAAUCACUGAGCCCACUUCCUUGCACAGCAUGAGAAUGGUUUUAGAAAAUUUAGUUCUAACUCUUUAUUAGUAUCUCUGCCUAAAAUGCGUACCAUAACCUUACUAAUUAUGAGGAAACAUCAGGUGAACCUAUUUUAAGAAGAUUCUGCACUCUUAAAAAGUCAAUGAAAGGCAAAGACAGUUUGAGAAACUGUUAUAGAUUAAAACAGACUACAGAAGCCUGACAACUAAGUGCAGUAUGUGGUCCUGAAUUGGGUCCUAGACAACUCAAAAACUGGCCAAAAGCACAUUAUCUUUUUGUUAAGUUCACUGCUGCCACAGCUGGUAGAGUCCAACUUCAUCCAUUGUAUACUCUCAAAUGGCAUUCAUUUGUAAAAAUCUUCUGCAAGGUUAUUGCUCUUUUUCUGAAGCUGUGAGAAGCUGUACAGGAGUAACUAGGCUGUUGCUUAAUGCCAUGUCCAAGAAGCAGGAAGACAACAUUAAAAAUGAAACCUUUCUCUGCCCAGUAGCCAAACUCGAUGCAAGGAACAGAGCUGAAGGGAAAGUGUUCAUCACAUGGCAAACCUGACGUUAAUAAAUGAGCUGCAAUAAAACAUUUUCCUGAAAUAACCAAGCUCAACAUGCUUUUCAGGCAAUAAGCCAUCUGUUUCAAGUGUUUAGAAAGUGAAUCUCCAAUCACUGGUAAUUUAAACUUCCUUAUACCCCAGUUCAAUGUUUGAUAAGGAAAGAGUGCUAACAGGAUGGGAACGGAGUUACUAUAUUAAGAAACCCAGCAAGAACAAAAACCAGCCCCCUGCAGCUAUUUUGUUUAUGCUCCAGACCCAUCUGUUUUAAUUAACAUAAUAUUUACAUGAGACCAGAUCCUGUUACAUCUUUUGCUGCAAAUAUCGUGUGUUUUAUUCUUUGUUGUUGUUGUUGUUGUUCUUGCUUUUAAAGAGACCCUGCAAAAGCACAGUUGCAGACUACGCCGGAAAGAGGUGUACGCCGUGGAAUUACACCUACAUUCUAGCUCCCCAGGACCAGGCUCACCUGCUUUGUGCAGUUUGGGGUCAGAUAUCAGGUUGCCAGAUGAAAUACAGGAUGCCCAAUUAAAUAUGAAUCUAAGAUCAAACCAUGAGUAGUUUGUUUAGUAUGUCUGUCUUAAAUAUUGCACAGAACAUACUUAUACUAAAUAACGUUUGUUGACUACCUGAAAUUCAAAUUUUGUUGGAUGUUUUUAUCUGCUAAAUCCGGCUUAAAUCAGGUAUUGCUCAGAAGAUUACAUGAGUGGAAAGAGCCACAGAAAGAUGAAGUAGUUUGCCUUUCCAUGCCUAGAAGGGCUAUUCAGAAGAUGACUAAUCACAAAGCAUUAGUUUGUUUACACUAAACAAAUUAUUCUAGUAAGAUUCAUCACUGAGAUUUGAAGUGGAAAUCCACUUGACCAUGUCUGCCAAUGCCAGAAACAGUAGUAACACCCCAGAAUCAUCAUUCCCAGUUUUAUACGUGAAGAAACUGAGUCACAGUGAAGGAGGCAUACUCUUAGAGGUCAUUCAACGAGCCAGAAGCAGAACUGGGAUUGCGAACCCAAGCAGCUCACUUCCAGUAGCCAAGCCCUUUCCUGCUCUGCCACGCUGCCUUCUACGUAAAACCACGAAAGUAGUGAACUUUCAUAUCCAUUUUCCUACAAAAUCUGUCAACAAACUGGAAACCCCCAAGCUUUAGCAAGACGACACUGAAUGGACCUCAUACCUCAGGAUCCAGGCUGCCUACCAUCCUUCCAUCACUCCCCUGGGGCUCCUUCCUGUCUCUUGCUUUCCUUCCCUCUUUGGAGCUGUUCUUCACUACUACAUCUUUGAGAGUUUUCUCCCUUCAAUACAGGUGCUUCCUUUUCCUGACCUUUCUCAGUAUAUGGGUUCCAUAGGUUAAGAGCUCACUGAGCAUUCUGCAGAGAUAGGCAUGGAGUGAUGACAAGGACAGAGCAGAGUCACAUGCACAGGUUGGAUAACCCUAUAGAGACCCUGGGGCACUCAUUUGGUCUCUGAGUCCUCUCGGCUCAUCAUCAGAAUUGCCCAGACAUUUCUCUAAAGGCUGGGAGCCUAGAAGGUGUUGGGUAUGAGACCAGGAUGCUAAGCCCACAGCCCAAGGAGGAAUCAGGCUGACACUGCUGGCUGAUCUCAUGCCCCAAAGAUUCUGCCAGGGUCCUGGCUAGCUGUGUCUUUGCAGGAUUUUCCCCUCCCACUCUUAUGAAAUCUAUCUGUCAACUAACUGGAAACUCCCAACUCUUAGUGAGGAGAUACCACGUGAACCUGAGAGGUUUUUCUUUCCUCCUCGACUCCCACUGGGGAAGAGGCAUGUUUCCCCAGAACUUCAGAAGAUUCCCAACUGAACUAACCGACCUUUUCACUACCUUUCCCGGGAGUCUCUCCAACACCAAGUCCUGAAAACCCUACCCUCAAAGAUUCUCUUUUUUUAUGUGGACUUCACCUAUUUUAGAUUUUGCUAUAUUCACUAAAAGUGAAAUUCCUGGAGAAAAGGCUAUGCACAUUUAAAAUACACGAUUCUGAGAGAUACUACCAAAAACGACUCUCCAAAACUUUACAUCAAAUUAUAAUCCAUCAGCUGUGUAUAAGAGGGUUAUUUCUAUAGUUUCCAAUAUUCAAUACUAUUGCUUUUCUCAAUGGACCCCAUUAUGGAUUGAAUUGUGUCCCCCAGAAAGAUAUGUUGAAGCCCUAACCCCACAUACCUUAGGAAUAGGAUCUUCAUAGAGGUAAUCAAGUUAAAAUGACAUCCUUAGGGUAGACUGUAACUCAAUAUGACUGUUGUCCGUAUAGGAAGGGCAAAUUUGGACACAGAGACAGUCAUAACACAGGGAGAAUGCCAUUGAACAUGAAGGUAAGGAUUGCAGUGAUGCUCCUACAAGUCAAAGAACACCAGAGAUUGCCAGUAAAUCACCAGAAACUAUGGGCAAAGCAUAGAACAGAUUCCCCCUCACGACUAUUAGAAGGAACCAACCCAGGCUACACCUUGAUCUUGGACUUCUAGCUUCUGAAACUGAGAGAUGAAUAAAUUUCUGUUGUGUAGACCAAUUUGUGAUACAUUGUUACAGCAGGCCUAGAAAAUUACUACAGAUGCUAAGUACAAUAAUUCCUUGUUAUACAUUUAUUUCUUUAAUGAUUUAAAUUGACUUAAAAUUAAAAUUUAUUUCUUUAAUGAUUGGUGAGUUUGAACAUAUUUUGACGUAUUUCCUGACCAGUUUUCUUUAUUCCGUAAGUAAGCCUUUCCUUUUACCCAGUGUUCACAUUUUUCUAGUUAAUUUAUUGGAAUUCUGUAUAUUAUAUGCAAUUAAUCUUUUGUUAUAGUCUAUGAAUAGUUUUCCCAGUUUGUUGCUCUUUUAACUUUUUAAAAAUGUUACAUUUUGUUGUUAAAAAAGUUUACAUUUUUAUUUGGUCAAAUCUGUCAGUCUUUUCCUUUGUGGCUUCUUCACUUACGUGCAUCAUACUUAGAAGUGGUUUCUCCAUCUCAAAAUUAUUACAAGGUUUUGUUGGCAAAAUAACCGUCAUUUUUGGCCUGGCCUAAUGAAACUGCCAAGGGAAAGAGAAAAGGUAGAGGGAAAGGAAAGUGUUUUCUAUUUCUGUCUCUUCCUUGGACUAUCCUAGACCAAGUUUACAUCAUCUGAGCCUGGAAGAAGCUUAAAGCCUUCCUUUCUCUUGGGAGAGUUCUUGGAAAACCUCUCAAUCUGCAGUUCCUGUGCCUUGAGGGCUGGGUGCUUAUUCCUUCAAAGUCCAGAGAACCUGCAGACCAGCCAGGCUCCUCUGUGCUAAUGUCCCCUUAUGCCUCCAGGCAGUCUUAUCGGAUGGUGCCACGAUAUCAUUAUCUAUCACUGUGUAACAAACCACAUCCAAACAGUGCUUUAGACAAUAACAAUCAUUUAUUUUGCUCAUGAAUCUGAGGGUUGAUUCAGAUGGGCUUAAGGAGAAGAUUCUCCCUUGAGAUCUCAUAUCAUCUGAUGGUAACAGGGAUGUCAUCAUUUUGAAGGCACCUGGGUUGGGGCUUCUUAGGUCUCUCUGUCUGUUCCCUCCAUGCUGUCUUUCUACAUGUCUACCUCAGGGUAACCAGACUUUCUGUUCAGGGGAGAGAGAGAGAGAGAGAGAGAGAGAGAGAGAGAGAGAGAGAGGUAUUGCCUUUUAUGACCUAACCUUGAGAGGCAUGCGGUGAUACUUUCUCCUCACCCCAUAUGGUAGGAGUGAGUCACAAGACCAGCUUAUAAUCAAGGGGAGGAGAAUUAGACUCCACCUCCUGAUGGGAGGUGUCCUGAUGAAUUUUCAGAUAUCUUUAAAAACUCUCACAGAUAAAUUGUAAGACUCCUCCAAAUGGAUUGUCUCUCUUCUGUGCACUGCCUGUGCGGGGUCUAUAAGAAAUACCCCUGUCUUCCUUGCCUUGAUGAACCCUAAGGGUGCAAGUUAGCCCCUUCUCAACAAUAGCUUCUCGGCUCCUCCACAGACCAGGCUGCCAGGCUCUCUCUUGACUUCAGAUUUCUGGGUGGGCUCAGACUUGAGUCCUCCCUGUCCCCCACCCCCAAAUGUAGAAACACCUAUCAAGUUAUCCCAAGGGUACCAUUUGAACAACUCUUCCUGUACCUGAAGUGAAGGACAGACAUUCCUCCUUCCCUCCCAUAAAUCCCAACUAUCAGAACUUGGCUAAGUAAAUUAAGAUUCAGCCAGAAAUGAGUGUGUUGACUAAAAUCAAGUUUUGAAGAAUACUUUUAGGCAUGGCAAAUAUUCCUUAAUGGGAUAACAAUUUUUCUUAAGUCAAAUCAUGACAGGUUUUUAAAACUUGGUGCCCCAAGGUGGCUAAAUGAUGUAUUUAAACUAGAGUUAAAGGCCCCUUUCAGUUCUUUUGGUUUACUAGUGUAUUUUAAAGCUAUAUUUGGAAUUCUUGCACUUUGAGCAGAGGAAUCACAGAAAAAUUAAGUAACUUAACUGAAGUCAUUUUAUCAGUCAGCAAAAGGAUUGUCCACAAGAUCUAGGUGUCUCAAUUUCUACUAUUAAGACUCAACCUUUCGUAAUGAAGAUGUUUUCAGUGAAUUUUUUUCUAACAUUUACCUCAAUGCUCUUUUUUUUGUUUCAAUGAGGCAGAAAAUAAAUAACAAAGAAAAAAUUUCAGAUUCUAUUAGACAAUAUUCUGCAUGUUCUGAACUUUCAGGAAUAUACUUGAACAAAAGCCAGAUUUUAAUAAAUAAAUGCUGCCAAGAAAUAUGAUUGAAUAAGUUGAGAUCCACAUGAUGCAGCAGAGUGUUAUUAGCUUGAGGAGUUGCAAAGUGAGAAGCAAAGUGCUUUUGAUGCAUGCCAGGGCAUGGUGUUGAAAAGCUGCGUGUGGAGUUCAGUAAAGGGUGAAGGCAGUGCGGAUUUACACGGCAAGUACAGUAACCGAGUCCCAUGAUCUAUCACCUUUAGGUUUGUUGUUUCUUUGCCAUGACAACUGCUUAUCUUUGGUAGAUGUUUUUGGAUCCACAGCUGUCACUUGAGGAAGUGACUUUCCUUAACUGGCUUGACAAACAAAGACCAAACACGAAAAUUCAGCACCAGAACGAGAGAUUUCCAUAUGGGGGUUAUUAUGAGAUUUGUUAGUUCUGCUCUUUUCAUGGGUACACAACUGAUACAGAAAAAGACACAGUGGCAAAUACUGGUUACUCUGAUAUUCACCAAAAAGAUGCAGUUAAUCAACCACCUACAGCUAAUUUGAAUCCUUUAGAGCUAUUACUAGUGCUAUUACUGAUGUGACAACUUAAAAUCAGUAAUAGGAAGAUUGGAAUGUUUGCCUGUAACUCUUGUGCUCCAGGCAAAUUAAACCAACCUGAAGUUGCAAUGCCAGAUUACAGACUAUUCUGUCAUCUCAUCCUGUAUGGCCAUCUUGCUGUCCACCAGAACAGCCCUAGUUCCUGUCUUCUUCUCAGACAAUCCAAAGAUCCCAGGAUUCUCUCUGAGCUCCCUAGAACAGAAUGGCAACCCCAGGGCCAAGCAAGUAACAUAAAAAAGGAAAAUCGCCCAGGGACCAUUGGACAGCUCAGGACUCAGCUGUUGGGAGCAGCAGCUAUGCAGUUCCAGACAAUUGUUACCAUAAUGGAGUUUAGACCUGUGUGUGCCAGAUAUUCCAAUUUUUAAGAUAAAUUGGAAAUAUGGAACUUAAAAGUUUUUGAAUUUUUCCAUCUGGUUAUAGAAACUGUUUAUAUUCUUGGAAGUAUAAAUAAUGCACAUUUCUGAGUCAAAUUUGGUUCCAAAGCUAUCUCUUUAUCCUCUCUGGCCUUGAGGUUAGUACAAAUACUGGGAGAAUCACAUUCCUCUUGACUGAGACUAUGGCCUUUCCCACAAAGCCCAUAGUCCUGUCAAUAAUGCCCAUAAUUGGAACUGUUCCUUUUUGGCUCAGCCUUCCAUUUGAUGUGCAGCUACCUUUCUUGGUUAAGACUGAUCAAAAGUUGGGUUGGGUGCUUUUUUCUUUCCUCAUUCUGGGGGGAUGUAUCUCUGUUUCCUGUUGACACAGAGCCAACAGCAUCCUUGAAGUUCUCAAAGAACUGCCCUUGAUCCUAGCAUUGUUCCUAUAGCCCAACAUUAGAAUGGGACUUUCUUGAACAAAGAUGCACUCUGUUUCAAUGGUUUUCAAGCUAGUUUGUGCAUCAGAAUUUUCUGAAGAAUAAGUUAAAAAACAGAUUCCCUGGUCUCACCCAGGAGAAUGAGAUUUAGUCAAAUGGGUAUGAUAUAGAGCAGCAGUUCCCAAAUGUUUUAUUCUCAGAAGCUCUUUAUCCCCUUAAAAAUCACUGACUCCAAAGGGCUUGUGUUUAUGUGGGUUGUAUCUAUUGAUAUUUACCGUAUUAGGAAUUAAAACUGAAAAUUAAAAUAUAUAUGUAUUAAUUCAUUCUAAAACUAACAAACUCAUCGGACAUUAAUAUAAAUAACAGUUUUGUGAAAAAUAAAUAUGUUUUUCAAAACAAAAUUAGUUUCAUGAGAAGACUGGCAUUGCUUUACAUUUUUGUAAAUCUCAUCAGUGUCUGACUUAAUAUAAAACAUCUGGGGGCCAGGCGCCGUGGCUCAUGCCUGUAAUCCCAGCACCUUGGGAGGCUGAGGUGA